AUGCUGCCACAUCCUUUGUGGUUAGUGGCAGUCUUCGCGGCCCGGUUCACAUUCCCCACGCAGGCAGCUCAGGACCACCAUUAUGCCACUACGGCAGAGUGGCCUUCUCUUCGCUUCCACUUCGCACUCAAGCGUAGCUCCAUGAAGGUGUUCGGCCAGUCCGAGUUCUCCAUGCUCGCUACCCCCGUUCUGUCGGCUGAUAGUUCUAAAGUGCUCUACGAUGUCUUCGCCCAAUUCACUGAAGACACGACACGUUACAACUACUCGGAGGUGUACGGCAAAACUUACCUGUCGACCAGCUCCGACAACAGGAACUUGCCUUCAUCGGUGGAGUGCAUUGACUCGGAAUCGAGGAAGGUUCCGUCGAUCAACUCUUUCGUAUCGGGAAUCAACGAAGCUGUACCUGUGUCGGGUGUAUCUGGGAGUACUGGUGACGUCAUCGAAUGCGCGCCCGGGAGCGUGUUCAAAGUGUCGGCGAACGGUAUCAAGUUCGCC